GGGGAUUGGCUCGGCGGACGGAUGACACUUGUUCAGAGGUUAUUUUAAAAGCGGAGCCUUUGGAGGCCCCGUGCUUCAAAAAAAUCUGAUUUCGAUUUGGGGGUCAACCUUGAACUCGGCGGCUGUUUCUGCACUUCGUGUGGCUUUCCCAUCUGGCAGGGACCGAGCGCCACCCCCUCCUCCCGUCACGGCCCCACCUCUUUGGUUAGGACAGUGCUUGGCCAGUAAGAGCUCAAUUUAACUCGCAGACUGACUUCACUGUAGAAACACCCACAGUCAUAUCAAUGGUUGGGGAAAGAUAGUGACAACAGGCAAAGGAAAAGCGGCUCUGACAUACUAAGGACAAUGAGUAUGCUAAAACCAAGCGGGCUUAAGGUCCCUACCAAGAUCCUUAAGCCUGGAAGCACAGCCUUGAAGACACCUGCAUCUGUUGCAGCUCCAGCAGAAAAAGCAAUAUCCAGCGAAAAAGCAUCGAGCACGCCAUCCUCUGAAACGCAAGAGGAGUUUGUGGACGACUUUCGAGUUGGGGAGCGAGUUUGGGUGAAUGGAAAUAAGCCUGGAUUUAUCCAGUUUCUGGGAGAAACACAGUUCGCGCCAGGCCAGUGGGCCGGGAUAGUGCUGGAUGAACCCAUCGGGAAGAAUGACGGGUCAGUGGCAGGCGUGCGGUAUUUCCAGUGUGAACCUUUAAAGGGCAUUUUCACCCGACCUUCAAAGCUGACGAGGAAGGUGCAGGCAGAAGAUGAAGCUAAUGGCCUGCAGACGACUCAUGCUUCUAGAACGGCAUCACCCCUGUCCACUUCUGCAGCCAGCAUGACGUCCUCCUCUCCAGCGACCCCCUCAAAUAUUCCUCAGAAAUCGUCCCAGCCAGCAGCAAAGGAGCCUUCAGCUACGCCUCAGCUCAGCAACCUUACGAAAACUGCCAGUGAAUCCAUCUCCAACCUUUCCGAGGCUGGCUCAAUCAAGAAAGGAGAAAGGGAGCUCAGAAUCGGAGACAGAGUGUUGGUCGGUGGCACCAAGGCCGGUGUGGUCCGAUUCCUUGGGGAGACAGACUUUGCCAAGGGGGAGUGGUGUGGUGUGGAGCUCGAUGAGCCCCUCGGGAAGAAUGACGGGGCCGUCGCCGGAACAAGGUAUUUUCAGUGUCAACCCAAAUAUGGUUUAUUCGCUCCUGUCCACAAAGUGACCAAGAUUGGCUUCCCUUCCACCACGCCAGCCAAAGCCAAGGCUGCCGCCGUGAGACGAGUGAUGGCGACCACUACCGCUAGCCUGAAGCGCAGCCCGUCCGCCUCCUCCCUCAGCUCCGUGAGCUCGGUGGCCUCGUCCGUGAGCAGCAAGCCCAGCCGCACAGGAUUAUUGACCGAAACCUCCUCCCGUUACGCCAGGAAGAUCUCCGGCACCACUGCCCUCCAGGAGGCCCUGAAGGAGAAGCAGCAGCACAUUGAGCAGCUGCUGGCUGAACGGGAUCUAGAGAGGGCGGAGGUGGCCAAGGCCACGAGCCACGUGGGGGAAAUAGAGCAGGAGCUAGCUCUGGCCCGGGAUGGACACGACCAGGUGAAGUCUGGCACUGACCUUGCUGCGCAGCACGUCCUGGAACUGGAGGCCAAGAUGGAUCAGCUGCGAACAAUGGUGGAAGCUGCCGACAGGGAGAAGGUGGAGCUUCUCAACCAACUCGAAGAGGAGAAAAGGAAGGUCGAGGACCUUCAGUUCCGGGUUGAGGAAGAAUCAAUUACUAAAGGCGAUCUUGAGCAAAAGAGCCAGAUUUCUGAAGAUCCUGAGAAUACGCAGACCAAACUGGAGCAUGCCCGCAUUAAGGAGCUUGAACAGAGCCUGCUCUUUGAAAAGACCAAAGCUGACAAACUCCAGAGGGAGUUAGAAGACACUAGGGUGGCUACGGUGUCAGAAAAGUCUCGUAUAAUGGAACUAGAAAAAGACCUAGCACUGAGAGUACAGGAAGUAGCUGAGCUGCGAAGAAGGCUAGAGGCCAGUAAGCCUGCUGGGGAUGUCGAUAUGUCACUUUCCCUUUUGCAAGAGAUAAGCUCUUUGCAAGAAAAGUUAGAAGCCAGCCAUACUGACCACCAGAGAGAAACCACUUCUCUGAAGGAGCAUUUUGAAGCCCGGGAAGAAGCGCAUCAGAAGGAGAUAAAGGCCCUUCAGGCUGCCUCGGAAAAACUUUCCAAAGAGAACGAGUCCCUGAAAAGCAAACUGGAUCAUGCCAACAAGGAGAACUCGGACGUGAUAGCCCUGUGGAAGUCCAAGCUGGAGACCGCCAUCGCGUCCCACCAGCAGGCCAUGGAGGAGCUGAAGGUGUCCUUCAGCAAGGGGGUUGGGACGGAGACGGCAGGAUUCGCCGAGCUAAAAACACAAAUAGAGAAAAUGAGACUAGACUACCAGCACGAGAUAGAAAAUCUGCAGAACAAACAGGACUCCGAGCGGUCCGCUCAUGCUAAAGAGCUGGAAGCUGUCCGGGCUAAGCUGAUGAAGCUCAUUAAAGAGAAGGAGAACAGCCUGGAAGCCAUCAAGUCGAAGCUGGACAGAGCAGAAGAUCAGCAUCUGGUAGAAAUGGAAGACACCUUAAACAAAUUACAGGAAGCCGAACUAAAGGUAAAGGAGCUAGAGGUCCUACAGGCCAAAUGCAGUGAACAAACCAAGGUUAUUGAUAAUGUUACAUCACAGCUCAAGGCUACCGAGGAGAAGCUCUUGGCUCUUGAUGAACUUCGGAAAGCCAGUUCCGAAGGUAAAUCGGAAGUCGAGAAGCUUAGGCAGCAGCUUGAGGCAGCUGAGAAACAGAUUAAAAACUUAGAGAGCGAAAAGAAUGCUGAGAGUGGCAAGGUUAGUAGCAUUACCAAAGAGCUGCAGGGAAGAGAGCUAACGCUUAGUAACCUACAGGAACACUUGGGUGAAGUCAGUCACGUGAAAGAGGCUUUGGAAAGAGAACUUCAGGCUUUGAAAGAGAAGUUUGCUGGUGCUUCAGAGGAGGCGGUCUCUGUUCAGAGAAGUAUGCAAGAAACUGUAAAUAAAUUACACCAAAAAGAGGAGCAAUUUAAUGCGCUGUCUUCUGAAUUGGAGAAGUUGAGAGAAAAUUUAACAGAUAUGGAGGCAAAAUUUAGAGAGAGGGAUGAAAGAGAAGAGCAGUUGAUAAAGGCGAAAGAAAAACUGGAAAACGACAUUGCAGAAAUAAUGAGAAUGUCAGGAGAUAAUUCUUCUCAGCUGACAAAAAUGAAUGAUGAAUUACGUCUGAAAGAAAGAAACGUAGAAGAAUUACAGCUAAAACUUACAAAGGCUAAUGAAAGUGUAAGUUUUCUACAGAGAAGCAUUGGGGAAGUAACUCUCAAAGCCGAAGCGAGCCAGCAAGAAGCAUCUAAAAAGCAUGAGGAAGAAAAGGAAGAACUGCUGAACAAAUUGUCAGACCUGGAAAAGAAGAUGGAAAUGAGCCACAACCAGUGUCGAGAUCUGAAAGCCAGGUAUGAAGAAGCCAGUUCUGAGACCCAGGCCAAGCAUAAGGAAGACCUGCAGAACCUACAGAAGAUGCUGUCGGAGACAGGGGAGAGUCUGAAGGCUGCACAAAAGGAGAACAGUGACUUGCUGCAGGAGAUAGUGGAACUGAAAAAGCAAGCUGACAAAGCCAAAGCUGCUCAGACAGCAGAGGACGCCAUGCAGAUAAUGGAACAGAUGACUAAAGAGAAGACCGAAACUCUGGCCUCCUUGGAGGACACCAAGCAAACAAAUGAAAAACUACAGAAUGAAUUGGAUACACUUAAAGAAAACAACUUGAAAAAUGUGGAGGAGCUGAAUAAAUCAAAAGAACUUCUGACUGUAGAGAAUCAAAAAAUGGAAGAAUUCAGGAGAGAAAUAGAAACCCUAAAGCAGGCAGCCGCUCAGAAGUCCCAGCAGCUUUCAGCGUUGCAAGAGGAGAACGUGAAACUUGCCGAGGAGCUGGGGAGAAGCAGGGACGAAGUCACGAGUCAUCAGAAGGUGGAAGAAGAGAGAUCUGUGCUCAAUAAUCAGUUGUUAGAAAUGAAAAAGAGAGAAUCCAAGUUAAUAAAAGACACAGAUGAAGAAAAAGCUUCCUUGCAGAAAUCCAUCAGUAUUACUAGUGCCUUACUCACGGAAAAGGAUGCAGAGCUGGAAAAACUGAGAAAUGAGGUCACAGUGCUCAGGGGAGAAAACGCCUCGGCCAAGUCCUUGCAUUCAGUCGUCCAGUCUCUAGAGUCUGAUAAGGUGAAGCUUGAGCUCAAGGUAAAGAACUUGGAGCUUCAACUCAAAGAAAACAAGAGGCAGCUGAGCAGCUCCUCAGGUAAUACUGAUACUCAGGCAGAAGAGGACGAACGAGCCCAGGAGAGUCAGAUCGAUUUCCUAAAUUCGGUAAUAGUGGACCUUCAAAGGAAGAAUCAAGACCUCAAGAUGAAGGUGGAAAUGAUGUCAGAAGCAGCCCUUAAUGGGAACGGUGAUGACCUAAACAAUUAUGACAGAGCUGAGUCUCUGAUCAUACAUGCUAACAUUUGCAGUGACGACCAGGAGAAGCAGUCCAAGAAGAAACCUCGCCUCUUCUGUGACAUAUGUGACUGCUUCGAUCUCCACGACACAGAGGAUUGUCCUACCCAGGCGCAGAUGUCUGAGGACCCCCCCCAUUCCACACACCACGGCAGUCGGAGCGAGGAACGCCCGUACUGUGAAAUCUGCGAGAUGUUUGGGCACUGGGCCACCAACUGCAAUGACGACGAGACCUUCUGACGAAACCUCAGCGGGAGACCUGGGCUCUCGGACGCGCUUGCGCACGGGCGGCCGGACACCAGCCUCGUGCGUGCGGACUGCGGGAGCACGCACGUUAUUUUUCACCCCAUCAGCAAAUCUAAGAAAAUAUUUUGAUCUUCCACAAAUCGCCCUUUAAUUUCCCUUUAUAAGUUAAAAAUAAUAAAUACUUAGGAGGUAGGUGAGUUAUCACCUCUGAUUUUGUCUUCUUGGUUUUUCAAAGUUUUACUAAGAUGCUGCACCAGAUGCCAUUACACCUAUUAUCCCCAGGGGAACCUCAAGGAACGACCCCCUACCCUCACAACACCUUAUUUAAGUAACUUUAAAUUAUGCCGUUACUUUUCCUAUUUGCACUAAACUAUUUCCAGGCUGCAUUUGUAUAUUUAGAUGUUUUGGUUUAGCUUUGACACUGGAAUGAGUUGAAAAAUGUGCCAUUUUGCAUUUUCAUCUACUCAUUUAAAGUAUUUUAUUCUUAAAGAACUAUCUGAGCUCUUUGCACUACCUGACGUCAGUAGUGCCUUGAUUUCAGGCUUGAUGAUACGUAGGUGUGGUAAAAUGAGACAGGUAAAGGGAGGGGCAAGCCCCCAAACUGCUGUGGGGACAUCUAUAAUCUAUAUGCUGCACCCACUCUCUACUGUGGUGUUUUGUUUAUUGAUUUUGCAUAAUUUCAGCUUCUAUAUAUUAUAUGUAUAUAUUUUUUUAAAAUCUAUAUUUUGGGAAAAAGCAUACACAACGUGUCUUUCUUUUCAGAUUUUUACCUUUAUGAAAAAGAAAACACUUAAAAUGUUCAUCAGGACAUAAUGAGCUAGGCCAGAAAUAGCAUCACACGGCUUUGCAACUGUUUUUUGUUUUCAUUUUGUUUAUCAGACGUAAAUGAGAGAUUUUCUCCAUAAUUUUUCCCUUCUCCAGCAGAAAUCCCCAGCAUCAAUUAAUUAGAUAAUAAGCCACUUUAAAACAUCUAAAUUAACCAGUCUACAAUCUUUACAAGUUUUUUUUACUGUUUUUAGAUGAAUGUAUGAUGAGAAAUUCAACAUGAGUAAUUUUGGAUUUUCUUAUCACAAAAAAUAAAAUGAAGGACCUCAACCACCAGAAGUUUAUCAACCAGUUUGAAUCUAUUUAUCUUGAUUUGAAUGUCUUCUAGAAUAUGUAAAAAGUAAUGUAUCUUCCAUGCUACAUGUAUAAUAAGAACUUCUAUAAUUGUAUAUAUGCUUUUGAUGUAUUUUCCCCUCAAGAUUAUCAACUCUGUGUUUGAGAAGUGAAAAAUAAAUCUGUGAUCAGUUGAAAUUUUUGGUUAUAAAUAUAAUAGGAAUUGUUUCUCAACGUGUAAAGCAGUAUUAAAAUUUGAGCAAAUAAGUGUUCUGUAUCUACUUUAAUAAAUGAUUAUUCUUUUUUGCCAA